AUGGCACGCCGAACCCACAAAAAGUCGCGAAACGGCUGCAUCGAAUGCAAGCGACGCCACGUGAAGUGCGAUGAAAAACGCCCAACUUGUUCAAACUGUAUCACGUCCGAGCGAAGCUGCGAGUACGCAGGUCUGGAGAUCAUAUCGUCUCGACUCUCCCGAGCCUCUCGCUCAAGGAGCCGAACAUCAGCAUCCCCAUCAACGGUGCCAUCCAUCCAAACACAGCCAGAGGCGUCCAAUGAAUUCAACAUAGAAAGUUCUCCAGUGAACAUGCUCCAUAUCGAACUCCUCCAUCAUUUUCUCACCUCGACUUUGAAGUUAAUGGGUACCGACGGAUUCCAACUCACUCCCGUCGACAUCCUGAAAUACGGCAUAUCAGCACCCUACCUCAUGAACCAAUUCCUAGCUCUAUCCGCCCUACAUCUGAGCCUUUCCCACCCUACCCAGCAGAACCAGAACCAGAAACACUACCUCCAUCUAGCAUCCCAACUCCAAACCCACGCCCUCUCCAUCUACAACGCCACGCGACCAGAAAUCAACCGCGAAACAUGCGUCACCUCACUCCUAUUCUCAUCAAUGAUAGGAAUCCACACCCUCUGCGACAGCCUAAACUACCGAGGCCCAACUCUAACCUCAUUCCUCGAUAAAUUCAUCGACUGCCUCCGUCUCCAUAAAGGCGUGCGCACGGUAGCUCAGAGCUCAUGGACUACAUUGCGAGGAUCGGAUCUGGAGCCGCUACUAGCGGCUGGAGAGCAGCUGCCCCAGCUAGGCACAAGCCUGGACCCCGAGUUCACGAGCCUCUUGGGGCGGAUCCGUGCGGCGAAAUUGGGAAAUGAACUAACUAACACGUACCAGCGAGCAAUCGAGGCGUUGCAGUCGGUUCGUAUUGCUACAACAUCAACACUAGCAACAGCAGGGCCGAGUGAACAUUCAAGAAACUACCUCAUCACGUGGCCGACUCUCAUUCCGCCCGAGUACAUCGAUACAUUGGCACGAGGACAGCCAGAGGCUGUUGUUAUCUUAGCGCAUUAUGCUGCUUUUCUGCAUCAUCAACGUAGCUCGUGGGUCUUCGGUGAUUCGGGAAGAUUUAUCAUUCAGAGUAUUACUGCAUAUCUGGGUCCGUCUUGGGCGGAGUGGCUGGUUUGGCCUAACCAGGUACUUAACGAUACUCCCUCGACUUCAGAAAGCAGAGCGAUGGAACAUUGA